CUCUCUCUCUCGCCCCACCCUCUCUCUCUAUAUAAACUAUAUAUAUAUAAUUGCAUACCCUUUGUCUUCUCAAUAUAUCACCCUCAAUCCUCUCACACUGUACACAGCAAAAAUAAUGCCAACACCACCACCAACCGCACCGUUUGGUGCUCCAGAAACUCCCAAUGCACGCUCCUCAUCCUCUCCUCCUUUAUUAUCUUCCUCUUAUCCUAUCACUCUCAAGUUCGUGGACGUGGGAUACAGAGUAAAGGUUGAUAGAAAGAAAGGAGGGAGCAACAUAAAGCGAAUGAUCUCGUCGCUUUCCGACGGGGGAACGACGGCGCAAGAGAAAAUCAUUCUGAACGGCGUGACGGGGAUGGUUUGUCCGGGAGAAAUCCUGGCGGUUCUCGGCCCUUCGGGGAGCGGGAAAUCGACCCUCCUAAACGCACUAGCCGGGAGACUCGUCCAAGGGCAGGGCCUCACCGGAACAAUCCACGCGAACGGAUGCAAACUGAGCAAAUCGAUUCUCCGGCGAACUGGAUUCGUGACUCAAGACGACGUGCUUUAUCCUCAUCUCACCGUCCGAGAGACCCUUAUCUUCUGCGCACUUCUUCGUCUUCCCAGAACACUCUCGAAAGAAGAGAAGAUAUCGAUGUGCGAGUCGGUGAUUAGAGAGCUGGGGCUGGGGAAAUGCGAGAACACGAUCAUCGGAAACGCGUAUAUUCGAGGGGUAUCAGGAGGAGAGAGGAAGAGGGUGAGUAUAGGGCAUGAGAUGUUGAUGAAUCCGAGCUUGUUGAUACUGGACGAGCCAACUUCCGGGUUGGACUCGACGGCGGCGCACAGGCUGGUGACGACGCUGACGACGGUGGUGGCGCAGCAGAAGGGGAAGACGGUGGUGGCGUCGAUGCACCAACCGUCGAGCAGGGUGUUUCAGAUGUUCGAUAAGAUUUUGGUGUUAUCGGAGGGACAGUGUUUGUACUUCGGAAAGGGAAGCGAAGCCAUGAGCUACUUCGAGUCGCUCGGAUUCAAGCCGUCUUUUCCCAUGAACCCCGCCGACUUUCUGCUUGAUCUCGCUAACGGUGUUUGUCAGGUUGAUAGUGCUGUAAGUGAAAGAGACAGGCCAAAUAUGAAGCAAACCCUAGUCAACUCUUACAACGCAAUUCUAGCUCCCAAGGUCAAAGAAGCAAUAUUAAACCACACGGACACUUGUACAAAACAAACUCAUCAUCGUCAUCAUCAUCAAACCCUAGAAAUCACCAAUUCCAAGGAAGGAAGAUACAGUAAAUUCAAGAACGUGAACACGACGAUCUCCCUCUCUAACUGGUUUAACCAGUUCAGUGUCCUCCUCCACAGAAGCCUCAAAGAACGAAAGCAUGAAUCCUUUAACCCUCUCAGAGUCUUCCAGGUUCUCGCCGCCGCCUUGCUCGCCGGCCUCAUGUGGUGGCACUCCGAUUACCGGGAUGUCCAAGACCGUCUCGGCCUCCUUUUCUUCAUCUCCAUUUUCUGGGGUGUCUUCCCUUCCUUCAACUCCGUCUUCGCCUUCCCACAAGACCGUGCCAUCUUCCUCAAGGAACGAGCCUCCGGUAUGUAUACCCUCUCGUCUUACUUCACCGCCCGGAUCGUCGGCGAUCUCCCCAUGGAACUCCUCCUUCCCUUCAUCUUCCUCACCGUCACCUACUGGAUGAGCGGUCUCCGGCCAGACCUAUGGGCUUUUCUACUAACACUACUAGUCGUUCUCUUCUACGUGCUUGUCUCUCAGGGGCUGGGACUGUUCCUCGGCGCCGCCAUAAUGGACGCCAAGCAGGCCUCCACGGUGGCCGCGGUGGUGAUGCUAGGGUUUGUGUUGAUCGGUGGGUACUACGUUCACAAAGUGCCUUUGUGCUUGGGGUGGCUCAAGUAUAUGUCCGUUACUUUUUACUGUUACAGGCUUCUGAUUUAUAUUCAGUAUGGUGACGGGAAGAGAAUCUCAGAGUUUCUGGGUUGCUUCAACAAUGGCGGAAUCGAAGACAGAGGACACUGUAAGUUUGUGGAACAAGACGUGGUGGGUCAGAUAAACCCUUCGAUAAGCAUUGGGGCUUUGGUUAUGAUGUUUUUGGGUUAUAGAAUGUUGGCUUAUCUGUCACUGAGGAAGAUCAAGACCUGAUGGAAGAUCGAUCUGGGAAGUUAUUAAUUAUGAGGUUGAUGAAGAUAGAGAGAGAGAUAUUUGAGUCUUAAUUCUGACACACAGGUUGGUGAUGGUGAUGAUGAUGAUGAUGAAGUAGAUGCAGAAAGAAAUGGAAAUAGAAGGUUG